CGGGCAGGGCGAGGGGCUGAGGGCAGGGAGCGGAGCGAGGCGUCUGCUGAGGCGGGGGUGGAUGGCCACAGGGGCGCCGGGGAGCCGAGUCGGGCUUGCGGUCUCGGACCCCCAUGGUCCCCUAACGCAGCCCCKGGGGCCGCUGCGCACCACACUCAGCUCUCGCCGGCCCUGCGUCUUUUGGAGCCUGGGGUCUGAGGUGGGAGUGUGAUGUGAGCUGCUGGACUAGAGGCGGAGAGAAGUGCCAAAAGGAGGAGGUAUUGGGACGGGAGAAGAGAGCGAGUUAGUCAGCAGAGGUCUGCCGAGGGAGUCGAGGAGCGGGCCAGCCCGAGAGCGCCAUGAAAACUACUCUCCAGGAGGGAGAGCGGCAGGCUCGGCGCUCGGUGCCGCGGGGCUGAAGGAAAUCCGGGGCCGCGGCGGGACGGAAGGGGCCCGCGGCGAGCAGGCUGCACAGAGCAGUGGCAUUUUGAAAACUAAGUAGAAGCCCUCGAAUCAACAGUGAGCGCUUUGAAAGAACCCCCAAGUGUAUUUCACAGCACUCUGGGUGGGAAUUGGAUGUGAAAAUGAAGCCAGACCGAGAUACUCUAGAUGAAUAUUUUGAAUAUGAUGCAGAGGAGUUCUUGGUCUCUUUGGCCUUGUUAAUAACAGAAGGUCGAACACCUGAAUGUUCUGUAAAAGGUCGAACGGAAAGUUUCCAUUGCCCUCCAGCACAGUCUUGUUAUCCAGUAACUACAAAACAUGAAUGUAGUGACAAGUUGGCCCAGUGUCGCCAAGCCAGACGAACCAGGUCUGAGGUCACAUUGUUGUGGAAGAAUAAUCUUCCAAUCAUGGUGGAAGUGAUGCUACUACCAGACUGUUGCUACAGUGAUGAUGGGCCUACCACAGAAGGCAUUGACCUAAAUGAUCCUGCAAUUAAGCAAGAUGCAUUACUAUUAGAAAGAUGGAUAUUGGAGCCAGUUCCUCGACAGAAUGGUGAUCGAUUCAUUGAAGAGAAGACUCUUCUGUUGGCUGUCCGCUCGUUUGUGUUUUUUUCUCAGUUAAGUGCAUGGCUGAGUGUUUCUCAUGGUGCUAUUCCACGAAAUAUUCUUUACAGAAUCAGUGCUGCUGAUGUAGACCUUCAGUGGAAUUUUUCACAGACUCCAAUUGAACAUGUGUUUCCUGUUCCCAACGUUUCUCACAAUGUGGCCUUGAAAGUCAGCGUUCARUCUUUACCCAGACAAUCUUAUUACCCAGUUUUGACAUGUAGUAUUCACACUAACAUUGGCCUGUAUGAGAAAAGAAUUCAAGAACAUGAACUUAAAACUCAUCAGCACCGCAAUUCUAAUGAAGCAGAACAAUGUAGUCCAAAGAGUUCACAGCGUCUGUGUAGCAAACCAGCUUGGACCAUGGCUUCUGAAAGUGUAUUACAUGGAAAAAGGGGCACAACUCCAGAGUAUACUGCAGCCAUCAAAAAUGUCAAACUAUAUUCAGGCUCUGGCAAUAAAUCUGACUAUGGGACAUCUCAAGCCAAUAUUUUGGACUUCAGUGGUAUAGGAGAUAUAAAGUCACAUGAGACAUCAGUGAGAACUUUAAAAUCAUUUUCAAUGAUUGAUUCUAGUGUCUCUAGCAACCAGAGUUCCUGGCACACAGUUGGUGAUACUAACCCUUUAAUAGACUCUUUAAUCCAGGAUCGACAAGAAGUUAUUGCAAGAAUUGCUCAGCAUUUGAUUCAUUGUGAUCCAAGCACUUCACAUGUUUCUGGACAUCCAUUUACAAUUCAAGAAUCUAGUUCACUUAAUUCCAAACUUUACCGGGUUUCACAGGAAAAUGAAAAUGUGAGAAAAUGUAAAGAAACUUUCACUGUUUCUUUUGGUAAUCCAGAGUUUACUUGCUCAGAAGGCACCAAUGAGGGGAAAUUGAAUGUAAAAUCAGAAAGUUCCCAAAGUGAAACUUGCAUUUCUAAUGGUCUUUAUUCUCAUCGUUCUGUUGGAGAGAUUAAUCCUUUGAUAGGUUCUUUACUCCAGGAACGACAAGAUGUUAUUGCAAGAAUUGCUCAUCAUUUGGAGCACAUUGAUCCAACAGCAUCACAUAUUCCUCGUCCCUCAUUCAACAUGCAUGAUUCCAAUUUGGUUCCUUCUAAAGUAUUUAGGAGCUUAUAUGAAGACAAAAAUUUGCUAAAGAAAACUAAGGAUGAUUCCUCUUCCAUUUCCAUUUCUCAUACAAAAUUUUCCUUGUUAGGAGACAACAGUGAUGAGAAAAAUUUAAUGCCUAAUAAAUCUUUUAGUUCUUGUAAAGGAAAGUCUUCUUUGAAACCUCAAAUAAGAAAUCAGUGUCAGAACAGUCCUAGYCAAAUCAUCCAAAAUAUAUAUCAAGAGACACAGAACAAAGCUUCUAGUGUAUUGACUUCCUCAAAUAUGUCUCAUUGCAAUGAAAGUAACUUAGAUUUGAAAAGCAGAUUGGAAAAUACACUUUCUGAGUCUCAAUUUAAGGAGCAAGAAAUUAGCAAUGGAAUUGAUAAACAGUAUUCAGAAUGUAACAGUAUUGACAAACAUAUUUGCACAAGUAAGUGCAAAGAAAAAAUAAUAAAAAAUGAAAAUUGUAAUCCAGAAUCCUUUGACAAUCUCCAGUAUGAUAAUUCAAAGACAAGUGACUCAAAGUUAAAAGUUACUAUGUUGGAAAUGUCUGAAUAUCUGAAUAAGUAUGAAAAUAAUUGUUCAGAUAAAGACUCAAAAAGACCAAAGACAUGUGAACAAAAUACUCGACUUAAUAGCAUAGAAAAUUAUCUCAAUAAAGAUGAUGAAGGAUUUAAAUGCAAAAAGAUAAACCAAUUAAAAAAUAAGGAUAAGAAAGAUUCAACUGAUGAAAAACCUCAAAAUUGUUCUCAAAGAAAGAGUAUAAAAGACUGUUUGUCUACAUGUGAACGACUAAAAAAUACAGAAGUAUUGAGGACCACACUGAAACAUUCAAGUGUCUGGCGAAAACAUAAUUUCCAUUCCUUGGAUGGAACCUCAACCAGAGCCUUUCAUCCUCGAACUGGAUUGCCUCUUCUUUCAAGUCCUGUUCCUCAAAGAAAGACACAAUCGGGUUGCUUUGAUCUGGAUUCUUCAUUAUUGCAUCUGAAAAGCUUAUCAUCUAGAAGUACUCGGCCAUGUUUAAACAUUGAAGAUGAUCCAGAUAUUCAUGAAAAACCUUUUUUGAGUUCUAGUGCUCCACCUAUAACAAGUCUUAGUCUUCUAGGAAAUUUUGAGGAAUCUGUGUUGAACUAUCGUUUAGACCCUCUUGGUAUUGUUGAUGGCUUUACUGCUGAGGUAGGGGCAAGUGGUAUUUUUUGCCCCACACAUUUGACUCUUCCAGUUGAAGUGUCAUUCUACAGUGUUUCAGAUGAUAAUGCUCCUUCUCCUUAUAUGGGUGUGAUUACUUUAGAGUCCCUUGGUAAAAGGGGUUAUCGAGUACCUCCUUCAGGAACAAUACAAGUGACCUUAUUUAAUCCUAAUAAGACUGUGGUGAAGAUGUUUGUUGUGAUAUAUGACUUGCGAGAUAUGCCAGCCAAUCAUCAGACAUUCCUACGACAAAGAACUUUUUCUGUACCUGUUAAACAAGACAUGAAGAGAAGUAUUAAUAAAGAGAACAUCCGACAUACGGAAGAACGGUUAUUACGCUACCUCAUACAUUUGAGGUUCCAGAGUUCUAAAUCUGGAAAGAUCUACCUCCAUAGAGAUGUACGGCUCCUGUUCUCUAGAAAGUCAAUGGAGGUUGACAGCGGUGCUGCAUAUGAACUCAAAUCUUACACUGAAUCGCCAACAAACCCUCAAUUUUCACCAAGAUGUUGAUAAGGAGUGAUAUAUUUUAAAUAUACGCUCGGUAUCCAAGUUUGAAAGUAAUUAGUAGCAUAGAAUGGUGUGUACCAAAUUAACAAUCAGGAGAGUGUAUCCUUUCCUAUUAUCCUGGACCAGUUUUUAUUAAAGAAUUCCUGAAAAUGAGAUCUAUAUAUUCCAAGUAGACUGGAAACACUCAUGUCCUAAUCUUUUUUGUACUGUUGAAACCACUUCAUUGGACAUGUUGCAAUAGCAAAAUCCCCAGUUAGAUUAGUGUUUACACAUUUUAUUUAAUAUUUAAUGUUUUCCUUAAUGCUCAAGUGAUGUUUGUCUCUAGUGUUCUAAAGUAGCACAAAUCCUAUGUAAAAUCAUACUAUGUAUUUUUGACAUUAAUGUUGAAAUCUGAAAUAUAUGCACAAGUCUUUAAUUUUGUGUGAUGUGUUUUAAGUGCUAUUCAUUUAAACUAUUGAAAAUGAGAAUGAAAUGUUGAGCUUCUUUAAGAUUAAUGCACUAUGCAAGCAUGUGUACUUUUUAUAUCUCUCAAGUUGAGUUUUUACAAUACCCCAUCCAGGUUGCUUGUCUCACUUAGUAGUCCUGUAACAUGCUGUGUUGGCAGUGCAGUGAGGAUUAAGCUGCUUCCCAUUCCCCUUGCAAGUUCAGAUCAUCAUGCCCAUUCAUAUUCCUUAUCCCCCAAACGGUUCUAUUUUUCCUUAAUCAGUAUACUAUAGAGGCUUUACAUUAAAUUGCUCUCCCAGGCUAGAUAAUUUUUUCAAAUUGUUAAUAAGUACUUUGAAAACAAAUUUAGUAUUUAUAUUGUAAAUAUAUGCAAAAAAAACCUAAAAAA